GGUUGUUCAACAGAUGCUGAACGCCGCAGUAUUUGACAGCUUCCUAUUUCAGAGUAUUGUGUUGUCGCUAACAGGGUUUCUGGAAUAAUAUUUGUUGAGUAACUCGUCAGUGAUUCUAGCGAGUACAUACGUUUUGGAAUGAUGACGUAUUUUUGCAUUAAAACAAAUGUAAAAUAUGCGUGGGUGUUAUGCAGGUGUUUGGCUAGAGAUUAUUUUAACAAGAACACUUUCCUGCUAAACUUGAGUAAUCAUUAACAUCCGCUGAUUGAGCAUACAGUUGCAAUAGUUAAAAAUGGAUGAUCCUGAAAUCGUUGCAUCCGCAAUAUUUGGGGACUGGAAUUUAAUUGUAUGGACGACCUUUGCUGUUCUGGUGCCCGUGAUCUUCACAUUGUGGUGCAGCGCCCAGAGAGCUAAGCGAUGCAUGCAACUGAAGAGCAUCCUUAGGAAAGGGAAACACGAAUGGCAUUACACCGAUUUGUUUAGCAAGCCAACAUACUGUUCGAUAUGUACUCAGCAUAUAUUGCAAGGUGCCUUUUGUGUCAGUUGUGGGGUUUGUGUUGAUGAAGGAUGUAUUAAAAAGGCAGAAAAACGCUUAAAAUGCAAGGAGAUCACGACGUUAACAACGCAGAAAAAGGUUCAGACGCUGCAUCAAUGGGUUCGGGGAAAUGUGCCCCUGUGUAGUUACUGUAUAAAUUGUAAACAGCUGUGUGGAAGCCAGCCCAAACUCUGUGAUUACAGAUGCAUGUGGUGUCAGCGUACAGUGCACGAUGACUGCAAGGAUCGUAGUUCUGAUAAAGAGUCAUGUGACUUUGGAGAGUUUCGUAACUUAAUCAUCCCUCCAGAUUACUUGUUCCGGGUCAGUCAGCUGCCUAGAGGAAAAUCAGUUGAUUUUGAAAAGGUGGCAUCUUGCUACAAUGCUCACUGGACUCCUUUGAUUGUUCUGGUUAAUACUCGCAGUGGGAACAACAUGGGAGAGGUACUUCUAGGAGAAUUCAAAACUCUUCUUAAUCCUGUUCAGGUUUUUGAUAUAAGUGUUGUUCCUCCAAUGAGAGCCCUUCAGCUUUGUUCACUGCUGCCCUGUAACUCAGCCCGUGUGCUUGUUUGUGGAGGGGAUGGAACUGUUGGCUGGGUUCUGGAUGCAAUUGAUGAGAUGAAAAUUAAGGGUCAUGAAAAAUUCAUUCCUUAUGUUGCCGUGCUACCCAUUGGAACUGGAAAUGACCUGGCUAACAGUCUGGGCUGGGGGGCUGGUUAUGCAGGAGAAAUUCCAGUGGAACACAUCUUGAGGAAUAUCAUGGAUGCUGAUGUUGUCAAACUGGACAGGUGGAAGGUUCAGGUAGCUAGUAAAAGAUACAGCUUAAGGAAACCAAAGGUCUUAUCAAUGAACAAUUACUUUUCUGUAGGACCCGAUGCACUUAUGGCUCUAAAUUUCCAUGCUCAGCGAGAAAAGACUCCAUCACUGUUUUCCAGCAGGAUUAUAAACAAGGCUGCUUACUUAUUCUAUGGAACCAAAGAUUGCUUAGUUCAAGAAUGCAAGGACUUGAGCAAAAAAGUUCAGCUUGAGUUGGAUGGAGAAAGAGUGGAGUUGCCAGAACUGGAAGGAAUCAUCGUCCUCAAUAUUGCUUACUGGGGAGGGGGCUGCAGGCUAUGGGAGGGCAUGGGAGAUGAACCUUAUCCACCAGCAAGACAUUAUGAUGGCCUUCUGGAAGUUGUUGGAGUCUAUGGAUCAUUUCACUGUGCACAGAUUCAAGUUAAACUAGCCAACCCUGUUCGUCUAGGCCAGGCGCACACUGUCAGGCUUAUUUUGAAUAGCUCCCGAAUGCCCAUGCAAGUGGAUGGAGAGCCAUGGGAACAGGGACCUUGCACUAUCACCAUCACACACAAAACCCAUGAACUGAUGCUUUGCCAUGUGGGUGAACAGACAGAUGAUGACGACGAUGAUGAUGAUGAUGAUGAUGAAGAUGAUGACUCUACCACAUCCGAGAAAGGGCACUCAAAUGAAGCAGAAGAUAUGGAGGAACACCUCUAACAGUCUUUUGAGUAAAUUAGGCCUUAUUCCAUGAAAGCCAUUUCUUUCUGGAGCGCAGGUGCUAAACGUCUUGAUAGGUGAAAGUUUAUCUCUCUGUUCAUGUAUGUAAUGGCAGAUAAUCUCUCUGAGGACAAUCAGAUUGGUUUGCACCUUUGCUCAUUUAUAUAGUAAGAAAAAAUCUAACAGUCCUGUAUUUCAUAGAUCAUGGAAGCAUUUUUGCUACAGAAGCUACAUGAAGUACAUAUUUUUAAUGGCUCAUUUUUGCUGACACCAGGCAGUGUGCUUGUGAACUACUGUACAAUUAAAUAUAAAAUGCUAGACUUUUCUGUGUGACUAAACCAUAUAUAUAUAUAUAUAUAUAUAUAUAUAUAUAUAUAUAUAUAUAUAUAUAUAUAUAUAUAUGCAGUAUGCAGGUAAUUAUCUGAAUAUAAAGAUUUGUUUUCCCCCCUCAGGAAGUGGUAGCUAGGUGCCUGAGAAUGCAGAACAGUUUUGUUUAAACUGAAUUGGUUUAGUAAAGAAUCUUCUUUGAAUCAGACUGUAUCAUGUUGCAUAAGGCUUUGCAGUAAUGUGUAGAAGAAAUAAUGGAGAGUUGGUGCAUCUGAAGUGGCAAUUAGUUCCACGUCUGCAAAUCGUCUUGGGUUAGCACUGUCUGACUGGCCCCAAUAUGAAGAAUUUGUGCUUAUUUUCUUGCACUUCUACUUUUUUUGAAUUAGUGUUGCGGCAUCCACUGCUAAAUAUAUAUUUUUUUACAGAUAACAUUUGUAUUUAUGAUUGUAGAUAUUCUAAAUGUUUAAAAAAAGGAGUGUAGAAUGUCGUGCUUUUGUUUUAUAAUUUUAUAGUGGAACAUAUGCCUCAAACACUGCACUACUGAUGUUGCUGUUAUAGUUUGCAAAAAUGGAUGUAGUUUGUUUUUAAUUUCAGCUUUUAGUGCAACACAUCUUAUAAGCCACUUGACAAACAUGGAAAUGAAUUACUGUAAGUAUAUACUUUUUGUUUAAGUUAAUGGUGUCCAGGCAUUUUGAAUACUGUAGAGUGAAUGUAUAAUAAAUUUGUUUUGCCUCCA